AUGUUGCACCUUUGUGGUUAUCAAUUUCCUAACUGGGUGCACAUUGUACUAUGGGCAUGCAUGCAUGAGGGCAGCAACAACAUCUGCGACUCAGAGUUGUGGGAUGGAACAGCCAAAGCUGCCGAGGGGCACUUGGCUGAGGUUUGUUUCAGUAAAGCUAAAGAGGAGGGAAUGGUGGUUGCCAUAAACUGGCAAGAUGCCGACUCCUCGUCAGCAAAAUCAUUUAGGUAUGUCUUUCCUGACAGCUCCCUUAGCCGUGUUAUGCUUUGUGGAGGCCAUGUCGGUCGUUCACAUGCCAACAAUCUUAAAGAUUAUAAAUCAAAGAAGUCAGUGGACCAGUCAUUUAUUUCUAUGUAUGCUAAAGACUAUCCACAACUGGCAUCUGCUAAGUGUGAAUGUGCUGGUAAGAGGGCACAUUCCAAAAAAUGCGGUUGUAUGUCAGAUGAGUUUCUUGGACGGGCCAAAAGCAACCAUUUUUCGGCCCUAAAGCAAAGCGGGAAUGAUCCAAAGGAGUACGCAAAUCGUAUGCGUAUUCUAGGGAAAUACCAUUCCCGAAACAUUCAUAAGUGGACAGGUGAUGAUGGGAGGGUGCAGACAUGUCCAUGGCACCCACAAUUUGUCUGUUCCUGUGGGAAGUGUAAUGAGGGAGGGAGUGGGGCAUCAGGUAGUGGGACAUCAGGUAGCGGGGCAUCAAGUAGUGGGGCAUCAGGUAGUGGGACAUCAGGUAGCGGGGCAUCAGGUAGUGGGGCAUCAGGUAGUGGGGCAUCAGGUAGUGGGGUUUCAAGUAGUAGUCAGUUUAGAUUUGGUGAGGCAGGUGAGGAUAGUGGUAGUGAAGACAGUGAACAUAGCGAAGAUAGUGACGGGGAAUUAGCUACUAAUUAUAGCUGUGUGGGAAAGCCUUAUCAGGUUAGGGGUAAAGUUCUUACUUGUGACCUCCACAGCCUUCUCUACGAGAUUGAGUGCAAUCGCAUUGCAGAGAAGGCAAAUGAGGUCAUAGAUCCUGUCAUGGGUAAAGAGCAUUCCAACUUACCUGAGAGUAAAUUCCAUGUCCUAACAAAGUUCAGGCCUAAGGACAAAAACCUGCAUCAACUACACUACGAGUUCUCGACCAAUCUGGGCCUUUGCCAAGGAAAUAUGACGUACCUUAUCAAGCGCAAAGGCCCUACUUACCACUGGGUGAGAGAUUUGUUUUUCAGGAUGGGUCUCCCAGAAGUCGAUGGCAUAGAUGAAAUUAUGCAAAAAAGGAAUCAGGAGAGAAUGAAGAGGCUGGAGAGACAAAAAACCGAUAGAGUAAAAAAGCAGAGAGUGACAUUUAAGCAAGUACGUCAGCAGGAACAGAAGAAAAGGUAG